UGUGUGUGAAAGAGGAGUCAGGGUACCCUGUCUGGCACACAGCGCAGAUUACCAAGACUCCUGCACUUGCUAACAGCUCAGCUGCGUGCUCAAGGAUGCUGCAUCUGAAAGUCCAGUUCUUGGAUGACUCCCAGAAGAUCUUUGUAGUGGAUCAAAAGUCCUCUGGCAAAGGGUUGUUCAACCUGAGCUGCAGCCACCUGCGCCUGGUGGAGAAGGAAUACUUCGGACUGGAAUUCCAAAGCCAGGCCGGAAACAAUGUUUGGCUGGAGCUUCUAAAACCCAUAACAAAACAGAUGAAAAUGGACCCUGGACAUCUGAGAGAAGAGUUGACAAGGUAUCUCUUUACCCUUCAAAUCAAGAGGGACCUGGCAGGCGGGAGGCUCCCCUGCAGUGAGAACAGCGCCGCUUUGCUGGUGUCGCACCUCUUGCAGUCUGAGCUGGGGGACUUUUACGAAGAAACAGAUAAGAAGCACCUGGAGAGCCACCAGUAUUUACCCAACCAGGAAUAUUUAGAUGAUAAGAUCAUGCGUUAUCAUCAGAAGCAUGUUGGGAAGACGCCAGCUGAGUCGGACGUUCACCUGUUGGACAUAGCCAGGAAGUUAGAAACGUAUGGGAUUAGACCCCACCCUGCAAGUGAUGGGGAAGGGACGCAGAUCAAUCUGGCUGUCACGCACAUGGGAGUGCUGGUUUUACGGGGGAACACAAAGAUUAACACAUUCAACUGGGCCAAAAUUCGGAAACUGAGUUUUAAGAGAAAACAUUUUCUAAUCAAACUACAUGCAAAUAUCUCUGCUUUGUGCAGGGACACCUUAGAGUUUACCAUGGCAAGCAGAGAUGCGUGCAAAGCGUUUUGGAAGACGUGUGUGGAGUAUCAUGCUUUUUUUCGACUCUCCGAAGAACCAAAAUCCAAACCCAAAGCCCUCCUGUGCAGCAAAGGGUCAAGUUUCCGCUAUAGCGGCAGAACCCAACGGCAGCUGCUGGAGCACGGGCGCAAGGGGAAGGGGACGAGCACGCCGUUUGAGAGGAAACACUACCCGGCUCAGUACCAUGAAAGGCAGUGCCGCUCUUCCCCAGACCUCCUCACAGACGUGUCCAAACAGGUUGAAGACCUGCGCCUGGCCUACGGCAGCAGAGCCUGUUACCGGAACACAAACGGAGUCCAUGCGUCGGAUCCCAUGCUGGACAGCAGGAGGCGGAAUUCCUCCGUGGAGGUGACGUUCGCAGCGGAGCUGGAGCGCUCCAAGCCUGAAGCUGACCCUAGGCUCCUGCCCCAUUCCAAAAGCAGCUCGGCCUUCCCGUUGGCCUAUGCCGAGCUGGAGCUGGAGCUGGAGUGGGAGCCGGCCGACGGCUUCGGGCAGCGCCGCCCGCUGACCUCCUUCCAGCCCAGGCACGCGCUCACUGGAAACAGUAAAAGCACCUCGGUUGGCAACAUGCGGGAGGUCACCUCCAGGCAGCUGAGCUACACAGAUGUACCCUAUGUCCCUUCCGCCAGCCAGCCGCUGGAGACGACAUCUCCACAAGUGUUCUUCUACGUGGACAGGCCGCCCCCGGGACCACGCCUCACGCCAGCCACCUCCGAGGAAGCAGGGAGGGGGCUGAGUGGCCUUGGCCCCAUGUCAAUGAAACCUCCCAAGAGAUGGCCAGGCCCGGCACGGAUGAAGGAGCUGCAGCCCGAGGCCUUGCCUAGGACUUGCUGUGUCAGCAGGCACUUGGAAGAGGAGAGCAGAGCCCUGGCUGGGGCUUUUGACUACAGCAAUCAAGAGCAACUGCCCAGAAGAUCCUGGAGCCAGUCCGAUAUGAAAAUCAUCCAUUUCCCAUAUGGGUCGGAGUUCAGGCCGCUGGGCCCUUGCCCUGCUCUGAGCAGUACAAAAGCGAGUAUCUUACGGUCCAUGCUCGCCCAGCAAGGGCUGUCCAACCCCCCCGCAGCUCCACGCCCGGCCGAACGCAGCGUGGCCAGCGGGACCGAGUCUAGCGACUCAGACCCGGAUCUUCUCAAUGCCGAUUACUACUCUCUGUAUGGCCGGGUAGGAAAAUCGCCCCUGGCCCGGGUGCGUCUGUCCUCAGGCAGCCUCCAGCUGGAGGAGGAGGAUGAAGAGGUGUCCUUUGCAACAAGCAGCGCAGAAGCAAGGACUUCAAUGGGCAUGUCCAGUUAUUUCACGUAACCGUCUCCAAUCGGCUUGAGAGCGCAGAGAUUUCCAAAGCCAGCCUGAAGGAACAGGCAAGUCAUUUUUGUGUGGUGCUGCUCCCUCCUCCUUGCUAAGCAUUGUGACAGGUUAGUGUUGUGUGAGUACAGUCAGCUGUAGAGACUGUGUUAAUGGACAACGGGGGAGCUCUAGGACAUAAAGAUCUAGGCAACAGGCAAGAAAAAAGUAGCCAACAGUGGGCACCCCAGCAAAAUCUCCUACAUCGAGGUUCUCAACGAGCAGGAGUCAGCUAGUCACGUCCACUGGGCUCACCCAAACUGCGAAAUGGCAAGCAAGCGCCAGUCAGCUCAUGGCUACUGGGGAAGAAGGGUCCCGAUGCAUGGAAGGUGGAGAACCACUGUCCGACAGCACGCCCACAGAAAUGUCACCUCCAUGCUCCUCCGUGAGGGGAAUAGAGUAAAUGAAAGCUGCUGAAAUGUCUGUUUCUAAGGGAGAGAGAGCGAGACGCCAAGCUGGCCCGAAUUCCACUGGGAGCCUGUUUGGGAAGACUGGGGAGUGCGUUAAUUGCAGGGCUGGCUCCAGGCACCAGCCGAGCAAGCUGGUGCUUGGGGCGGUAGAUUCCAAGGGGCAGCGUCCCUCCCGGAAGGCUUUGCUGCUUUGAGCUGCCCCUGCUGGUUUUUUUCUUUUUGGUUCGCUGCUCCAGCUGUCCUAUAGCGGGCAGCGGUGCAGAGGAGGAGAGCGCCCUGCUGGGAGCGGUGCCAGAUUUGUAGCAAGCGCGGCAGGGCAGCCCACGUCCUUCCCUGCCUGCCGACCGGAGCGGUGCGGAGCCCUCCUGGAAGGCUGUGCUGUGAGCUUCCCACUGAAGGUAGCCCUGGCCGCCCCCCUUCUCUCUCUCCCGGGAGUCCUCCUGCACCCACGCUCUGUCUGCCCCACAGAUUUCACCCCCGGCCGGCUCGCAGGUUUGUUUGUCCCCCCUCCAACUGCUCCGGCCGGCCCGCAGGUGUUUUUUUGCUUGGGGUGGCAAAAAAGCCAGAGCCGGCCUUGGUUAACAGAAUGUUUGUUAUGGCAGCUCCAUGUGCCCCAGCUCCUGAUCACAAUGGAACCCCCUCUGUGACACCAACCGCUUGUCUUUUGACGCUGUCACAUAAUUAACGCUGGCGAGGAGCGCCUCUCUUCUAACCAGGGAUGGUGCAGCAGAGAGCCUCGCCCAAGCCUCUAGACAGGUUGGCUCGAGUAUGUUGGAGUUGCAGCCCAGUGUGUUGGCCACCGGCAUCCAGACUUGUGUAGGGAGCGAAUGCCGCCUCUUCCCCAGCCAAAGCAUCUUCAGCCAAAGACGCUGCCGAGACACAGAUUUUGUACGUCUGUUUGUAAAUCGUUUUUGGUGGCUGCCCUGCAGGCUGCCCCCGUCUGCAGUGUGGUGGGAAGGUACUUCCCAUUACAACUGACCAUGUCUUUGCCACUCACGUCCACCUCUCUCCUUCCUUCCGCUAAGGGACAACAUGUGGCCACACAAGCACUGCCCGGUGUGGGCCCAAACCUGGGAGGAGACACACGCUGAGCUCCCAGAGACACAGGCUUCUCGACCCCUCAAUUCAAGAGACCUGGGCAGAAUCACUGAGGUGGGGUGUGAGAACACUUCUGGCUGGCUGAACUGUCCCCCUCGUCAGUAGAGAAUGGACCAGCCGAUGCCCAAACACGGCGCUCACCUGGAAUAACCUGUAACGGGUGAGUGCUGUGCAGCUGGACAGGCUCCCAGUGGCACUCCCAAGUUGUAAAGUAAGACACUGUGGUUACUAGGGAAGGCCAAAAAAAAGGAACAUAUUUUUUGGUGUGGAAAAAUUUCAGAUAUUGAUGUUUUCUGAUCAGCUUAUGUAUUUACCAACCACAGGGCCAGGAAAGUGGCAAUUCCUGUUCUGAACCUGGUAUUUUAGUUUUUAAACAUCUAAACCCAGCAAAACCUUUGUAAGAAAAAAGAAAAAGACGUCCAAGAGCCCCAGGCAGAGCGCUGUGAGAGGUUGUCGCGCUCUCUGCCCAGUCCUGCAGGCCGCGACUGUAAGGGGAGGCUGGAGAGUGCCCUGGCGGUUCUCUGAUGGUCACACACUUGCCUGGCAAGGAGCAGGCAAACCAGACCGCCGGGCUACGUGCUAGAAUGGCUUUGCUGGGCACACUCCUGCUGGGGAAAGACGCAAACAUCAAGUGAACAGUCAAGACAACUGGGGUUAGCAGGAUGCUGCCCACCCUGUAUUUUUCAAGCCCUCGUCUUCGUUCUGUAGUUUUGGAGGCUGGACACUAAAACAAAUGACCCGUCUCUAGACACACACUGCUUUUUUUUAGGCACAGCAGAAGCACCCCUGGCCCAGGGGCGCCUACACCCCAGCAGAUGUAGGAAUCCCCAGGUGUUUAGCUUCCUUCUCAUUGCUCCACCAAUGGUCACCCACCGGACACACAGCAGGGGCGGGUUAAACCUGGAGAUCCCAAGACACUCAUCACAAUCCUGCACCUCCUCCACAGAGUGGCCAGGCCGGUUUCUGUCCCCCUGCCAGCUGCCAUUUGCUCCCCCCCUCCCCCCAACCCCCCACCAUCACUGGCUCAGCUGUCUCACUGCGUGAAACAGCAAAACUCUUGGUUGGAUUUUUAAAGGGACUCCCCCCCCCACACACACACACCCAUCCCACCCCAAGGGAACAAAGUGGCAGCUCCUUAGCCUCAAGGGUCCUGAGGUUGACCCCCCGACAGAGCGGCUCCUUCAGGGCCUGAGGUGCUCUGAGUAUUUUGAUUGUCAGGCAGAAGCGGGUUAAGAUUUAUUGGGGUCCUGGGUACAGAGAACAUUUGCCUCCCCCAUCCUCCCUCCUGUGGGGCCCUGCCCCCUGCUCCUCCCUGUCCCCCAAGGCCAU